GGCCAGGGAGAAGGCAGCCUAGGUGUCGGGCAGGGCGGGCGGCGGCGGCGGCGGCGCUGGCGGCGGCGUUGGGGAGUCGGAUUGGGCGGACGGCGGCGCGCCGGGCAGGCCCCCAUGGAGCUCGAGAAUAUCGUGGCCAACACGGUGCUGCUCAAGGCGCGAGAAGGUGGAGGCGGAAAUCGAAAGGGCAAGAGUAAGAAAUGGCGCCAAAUGCUGCAGUUUCCCCAUGUCAGCCAGUGUGAAGAUCUUCGGCAUGCCUUGGAGGGAGACUACCACAGUUUGUGUGAGAAGCAACCCAUUGGCCGCCUACUCUUCCGGCAGUUCUGUGAAACGCGACUUGAGCUGAUGCGCUGUGUCAAGUUCUUGGAUGCUGUGGCAGAGUAUGAAGUGACCCCUGAUGAGAAUCGGAAAGAGUGUGGGCAGCAGCUGAUCGACACAUACUUGAAUCCUCAGAGUGCGGACCAUGUGCCUGAAGUGCCCUUGGAGCUGGUAACUUUGUGUUCUGAACGACUGGAGGAGGAGGAACCGGGUAAAGAGCUCUUUAAGGAAUCUACCAAGCUCAUCCAUGACUAUCUUAGUGUGGCACCUUUUGCUGACUACCUUGAUAGCAUUUAUUUUAACCGUUUCCUGCAAUGGAAAUCUCUAGAAAGGCAGCACGUGACCAAGAACACUUUUCGUCAGUACCGUGUACUGGGCAAAGGAGGCUUUGGAGAGGUGUGUGCUUGCCAGGUGCGAGCCACUGGGAAAAUGUAUGCCUGCAAGAAGCUUGAGAAGAAGCGGAUUAAAAAACGGAAGGGGGAAGCCAUGGCUUUGAAUGAGAAGCAGAUACUGGAGAAAGUGAACAGUAGGUUUGUAGUGAGUCUGGCUUAUGCUUAUGAAACUAAAGACGCCCUCUGCUUGGUCUUGACUCUCAUGAAUGGCGGGGAUCUGAAGUUCCACAUCUACCACAUGGGGGAGGCAGGCUUUGAGGAGCCGCGAGCUGUUUUCUAUGCUGCUGAAAUCUGCUGUGGUUUGGAAGAUCUUCACCAUGAGCGGAUAGUGUACAGGGAUUUGAAACCAGAGAAUAUUUUGUUAGACGACCAUGGUCACAUCCGCAUUUCUGACCUGGGGCUUGCUGUAUAUGUUCCAGAGGGACAGACAAUAAAAGGCCGGGUGGGAACAGUUGGCUACAUGGCUCCUGAAGUCGUGAAGAAUGAGCGCUACACAUUCAGCCCUGACUGGUGGGCUUUAGGAUGCCUGCUCUAUGAGAUGAUUGAGGGCCAGUCUCCAUUCCAGCAGCGCAGGAAAAAAAUAAAACGCGAAGAAGUGGAACGGUUGGUGAAGGAAGUGCAAGAAGAGUAUUCUGAGAAAUUCUCACCUGCUUCACGGUCUCUCUGCUCCAUGCUCCUGUGCAAAGAUCCAAUGGACCGGCUGGGAUGUGGAGAUGCUGGUGCCCAGGGGGUGAAAGAACACCCUCUCUUUAAACAUUUGAAUUUCAAGCGGCUGGAAGCUGGGAUGCUAGACCCACCGUUUAAACCCGAUCCCCAGGCUAUUUAUUGCAAAGAUGUAUUGGACAUUGAGCAGUUCUCCACAGUCAAGGGAGUAGAGCUGGAGCCCACAGAUCAUGAUUUCUACCAUAAGUUUGCAACAGGAAGUGUUCCUAUUCCUUGGCAAAAUGAGAUGAUAGAAACAGAGUGUUUCAAGGAGCUAAAUGUCUUUGGUCCUGAUGGCGCUGUGCCUCCUGAUCUGGACUGGAAGGGGCAACAACCUACUGUGCCAAAAAAAGGUCUACUUCAACGUCUCUUCAGCCGACAGGACUGUUGUGGGAACUGCAGUGAAAGUGAAGAGGAACCCACUCGCCUAUAGUUGCAGCCAAUCUAUUCUUUGCACAAGCCUGGCCAAGCCUGACUCGACCAAAGCAGUGUGGUGUGGGCCCUGGUACUGUCUGUUUGUGUAUGAACAUGUGCUGGCUCUCCCUGUGUGGGCUCAUCAUGUCUGGGCAGCAGAAGACUCACCUUGCAGAGGAAACUGCCCCAGGACUAGGAAACAUUGCCACUUCUAAGUUCUUCAGUGCAUUGCCAAGGGAUCCUCCAGCUACACCUCUAUAUCCGAAAGACAAGAGCAGGACUGAGUGAAACCUUCCAGGGCUGGCCCUGGCUCUAGCCCUGGCCUUUGGCCUCUUUCUGCUCAUUCGCUGAAGUUUGUUUUAUAUAUUUAUAUUGAUAUAUCUUUGAAUGUAUGUAUAUAACAUAUGUAAAUUUUUAAUUGUUGGGGAAGAGAGGGCCCUUGUGCAUUUCUCUCUCUACCAUACCUGCAACAUCCUUGCUUAACCCCAGUGAAAAAUGUGCACAAACUAACUUCUAGGAAACUCGUAAGCAGCUCUUCUCCCCAAGCAGUGGAUUUGGGUCUCUGAGUAUUUUUCAAGUUCUCUCCUCAGAGCCAUCUACUCUCAUGGUGGCAAGGUGGCAGCUGAAGCACGAGAGUAGCCAUCACUGUUGUAUUCAGUUCAGAGGGAACAGUUGGGAUGCCUUGUGCAUGCAUUCUCUCUGCUGCCCCGCCCCCACUUACCUGGUUGACUUGCUAUGCUACCAAAAUGUACUUCAAGAGUGGUGGCAACCUUUAAAGACUCCCUUUGGAUUCCUAGAUAUGUCUGGUAAGUGACCACAGUUUUACCUGGGAUGGCAGGCUAUCCGCUUUAUUGUUUGGUAGGAAUAGGGACAUCUUAACAUGCUAGAAUACAGCAUAGGAGGUGCCAUUCCAUUACCAUGGAUGGUAACAAACUGGUUUCUAGCUUUAAAUGAUUUUGUAGAACCGAUAUGGAUUCACAAGGAGAAUGGGGUGUGGAGUGCUUUCCUUCUUCUGGGAACCUCUAUAGGAAUUGUGCCCCUCUUUUUAAAAAAUGCCUUUCCUGUAUGACUGUGUUCCUUUUGCCCCCCUCCCCCUCCCCAGAAAGAAAGGGAUUCUCCUGUCUGUCCUAGUGAUAUUUCCCAAAGGGAUGAUUAAAGGGAUCACCUUCCAGUUGUGUUAAUGGGGGUGCCUGUAUGUAUUACAGCUGGAAAGCAUAACCCCUUAGACCAGAGUGCCAAACUGCAGGAGAAGCAAGAGCCCUGAGACUGAAACUUCAUUUUUAUUGUAAAGCUAUGUGAUGGCUUUCAGAACCUGGAACAGCAGCCUUAAGGAUGUAGGGUUCAUAUUUUCCCCCUACAGAGUUUUCCCAAUCUGAAUUGCACCCAGACAUGGUUUUAGCCCAAUUCCAGGGGUGCGAAAUACAAGCACUGUAUAUUCAAAUGCAGCAAAGCAAACUGUAGCAUAUGUUGGCCCUUUAUCAAAGAGAAUAGUAAAAAUGAAAACAUGGGAGAAGCAUUCAAAGACUGGAUCUCUUUGCCUCCGAAGAAUCUUCCACCGUCUUCCAUAACUGGGAGCUCAGGUCCUGAGCAGGGCUGCUCUCAAGAAGCUCUACCAAGCAGGCCUGGGCCACUCCUGCUUGUUACCUGGAUUUAAGAGUUUUCCAGCCUUAACCUUUCCUUUUUUCCGUGUCUAGCAUGUGUGUCUUCACUCUCUCAGCAGCUCUUUCCAAACACGUGCCAUGAGGGCUGCUUUGCUGCAGGGUGGUUGCCUUCAUUUCCCAAUUCAUCUGUGGUACCUCACGCUAGUAUUGCACUGUUGUUGUUCAUAUAUGGACUGUUUGAUUUUUUUUGUUAGUUGUAAGUACUAACUAGUUGUUGCUGUGGCGCAAAAGCAAAUGCAUCACCAGGUGCUGACCUGCCUCAUACCAGUUGUGAGUCUGAAGCAUUUGCCAGCCUGACCCUGGAAGGGAGCAGCCUCUCUUCAUUACUUCAGUGGGACAGAUAGAGACUUGGUUGCAGCUUUUCGCCUUUGACAGACUGUUGCUCUAUUUCUAGAUUACAUGUCGAUGUAUCUUUCCUGCCUUCUUGCAUUGGAAUUUCUCUUUGAACAUAAUAAGCUCUCUGAGGUGUCUUAAGUGUAUGCGUCUUUUGUUUUCCCCUGUCCUCUUUCUUGUUUCUGCUUCUUUUAACUCCAUUCCUCCUUCAAAAAAUUCUUGGUUAACUCUGGCCAAUCUAAGAUUGAAUCUUCAGUGGAGAAUGCUAUGUAUGAAUGUAAGUAUCUCAACCCCAAGUAAUAUCCUAAAACCAAUUCCUACUUGGAAAGUAGUGUUUCAAAAUGGAAAAAGUACUACAACUGUGAAUAGAGCAUAGUUAAAUUUAAUUGAACUUCUUGUGGGGGGAUGCAGUUCUGUUUUAUGUGGCAUAGUGGCCCAUCUUUACUCCUAUAUACCAUUCACACUUGGUAUGUGUCACUGUCCUCAAGUCCAUAUUAUACAAUUUUUAAAGUGCUAUUUAUGCCCAUGGUUUGUUAAAUGUGUGCAUUACAAAAAUGUCAGUGAAAGGGACAGUUUUUCAAAUGAAAUGGUAUUUACCUUAAUAAAGCCAGCCAAGUGUUGCUGAAAGGAAUUUACAUUCUCACAUCAGGUUUGGGAUUAUGGAAUAUUUCCUUUUAAUAGUGCAUUUGUAUGCAAUUAACAAAGAAUUUAAAUAUACAUAUCAAGAGCAAAGGCUUCCUCCUUUAGUUGCCUGUGAUGAAAGUGAAAGAUAACUUUGAUCUUUGCCAACUCAAGAAGGCGGAAACUGCAGCGCUUUCCUCUUGAUAAAUAUAUUGAAGUGAUCUUGGUUAAUCUCUGUAUAUAUCUCCACUGGUUAAACUGCAUCAUUGCUUCAUCCAAAUCUGUAAUGAGUGGUCUGAGCUGAUGUAGAGCAUUUUCCUGUUUAUCUUGGCCAGUAUAUCCGCUCUUCUCUAUCUGGCAAGGGCUCUCCAGUGUCUUAGACAAAAAUGUCUUUCCGAUCAUCUGCUACCACAUGUUUUUAACUAGAGAUGUCAGGGUUUAAGCCUGGGAUCUUCUGCAUAUAUUCUGUAAAAAAGCUGCCAUCAUUUUCAUGUUGGCAGUCUCCCCAACUAGGAAAUAACAUUUUGUGUUAAAUGACAGUUACUUGAUUUGGUACAAUUAAGUUCUGGUUUAUAUAUUUGAUAGAUGUGUGAUCCUCUCCUUUUGACCUAUCUAUAGUUUCUGUGGUUGGAUGUUUAUGCUCCUUAGGUCAGGAAAGUGAUUCUCAACCUGUGGGUCCCCAGGUGUUUUGGCCUACAACUCCCAAAAGUGCCAGCCAGUUUACCAGCUGUUAGGAUUUCUGGGAGUUGACUACCAAAACAUCUGGGGACCCACAGGUUGAGAACCAUUGGGUUAGGAGCUGCUGAAACCAGGUUUGUGUUCAGGUUUUUCUUUCAAUUGCCAAAGCCCAACCUUGUCCUCCCACCCCACUGCCCCUUGUCUUUUUAUCUGGUCUGUCCCUGUGUUUGUUUCCUUUACUGCUAUUUAAGGGCGUUCUCACCCUUAGAUUUGCUCUCAUUCUUUUCCCUGUUAGGCCUUCUGGGGAGCUUCUACCUGCUUGGUUCUAAAUUCUGUGCAUUUGUAUCUGCUUCGCAGCAGUGAACAGAUGUAUGAUCUUACAUGAGAUCAAUGGUGCAAAUAUAUACUUGGAAGAGCUGCAAAUUGGAACACGCUAUUAUCUACUUUCAUUGUCCAGGCCAAAAAAAAUGUUUCAUAAUCUUUCUCUCCCCUGCUUACUCUCAAGUGGAACUCCAGGAAUAAAAAUACCUCUUUCAAAAAUGA